CCCUGGUUUUGUCCUCAGUUCACCCGAACAGAACACACCUGCAAACGAGAGGUGCGCCCCCACCAGUAAGCAACAUGGAGUACGCCGGAGAAGUCGAUGACUUCGAUCUGGACAUCAUCCGCCAGCACUUGCUCGGCGCCGUCGGUAGUUUCUCGGGGUCGUCGGCUAGCCAUCAGCAUCAGGGUCCAUUCUGCGACGACAUCAACUUCCCCGUGCUGCCACCACCUUCUACGGCGGAACCGGCAGCGUACCAGCCCAUGUCGUUCUUCCCGCAGCAGCAGAUGCAGGGCUACGUAGACCUGCAACGGGAGUACGUGAACACCUCUGCGCCAGGGGCCGAGACAGCGGUGUUCCGACCGCCGGAGCCGCUAGCACCGGCGCCGGUGAUGAUGAUACAGUUCGGCGGCGAGCCAUCUUGUUUCUUAACUCCAUCUCCUGUUGCCGUGAGGGUGCCGGCGCUAACCAUCUCCGUGCCUGCCCACCCGGGCUCGUUCGGGUGGCCUGCCGCGCCAGCGGCACCACCGGCCGCGGCGGAGGACUUCCGCAAGUACCGUGGCGUGCGGCAGCGUCCGUGGGGCAAGUACGCCGCCGAGAUCCGCGACCCUAAACGCCGGGGCUCCCGCGUCUGGCUCGGCACCUACGACACCUCCAAGGAGGCCGCGCGCGCUUACGACCGUGCCGCGUUCCGGAUGCGCGGCGCGAAAGCCAUUCUCAACUUCCCCAACGACGUCGGCACGCGUGGCGCCGAGCUGUGGGCACCGCCGCCUCCAGCUCCCACCUCACAGACUGCCGGCAGCGCGACGAACAAACGUAAGAGAUUGCAGGAGGAGGAAGAGGAGCUUGAUGUGGAGGUGAUAGAAGUUGUAAUAAACAAGGCCGUCAAGACCGAGGAGCCGUCGCCGUCGUCGGCCCAGGUGUCGCUGGACACACCCUCGUCCAUGUCGACGUGGACAGCAUCUUCGACGGUGACUUCCGCGGCUUCGACGCCGGAGGGAGGGUUUCCUCCGACGCCAUCGAGCUCCGGCUGGGACCAGUACUGGGAGGCCUUGCUCGGAUGCAUGCCGCUGCUGUCGCCCCUGUCGCCGCACCCGACGUUGGGGUUCCCGCAGCUGACGGUCAGUUAAGAGACAGUUUACUGCGGUUCAGGUGUGGUUAACCAGUAAGCAGCAUGUUUCAUCAGGGACACACUUCUUUGGAGGUCUAUGAUCAGCUGGGAUACACUUCUUUGAAGCUGGGACAUGCAUGGAGAUCGAUCGAUCGAUGAUUGUAAAGAAUUAAUAAGCAAAAGAUGUGAUGUAUAGCUUGAUAUGUACGUUGAUGUAAAUGUAAACUAAUUAAAGUUAAACUUGUUUAGCGA